AUUUUUUCUAUAUAAAUGUCUCCUUUUCCAGACUUUUCUAAGCCACUAAAAUUUGCUGUCUGGGGUAGGGCUCUCUCUGUCUGCGAUAAUCCUUCUUCGCAUCCAAACGAAACCCUAACCCUAGAAAAAAAACCAACCAUGUCGUCCAAGCAAGGUGGAAAAGCAAAGCCUUUGAAGCAACCCAAGGCUGACAAGAAGGAAUACGACGAGUCUGAUUUGGCUAACAUCCAAAAGAAGAAAGACGAGGAAAAGGCACUUAGGGAGCUUAGAGCCAAGGCUCAACAGAAGGGAGCAUUUGGAGGUUCUGGACUCAAGAAAAGUGGGAAGAAGUGAGGGUUCUCAAAUCCUAAUUCAGCCUCCAAUUUGUUAUGCUAUGAUUACAAUAUGCACUUGUGAUUUCUUUGGAUAGAUGUGCUUGCCCUAGUUCUUGCUAAGUUAGCCGUCAAACUUUUCAUGGAGUGUUCUGAUGAAAAAUCUAAAUAAAAAUUGUGUUGGACUUCUUUGAUAUGCAUAAAUAUGUAUUAUUGUUCAGUAUUGACUGCAUCUGUUUGUGAUUGGAUUGCUGUGGAAAUAACUGGUAUUGCUUUUGUUCA